UUAUGAAUUUUUAUUUUCUUAACAUAAAUACUGACGGUAUAUAUUAUGUUGAAAAUGUUCGAUUUUUAAUACUGAAUAUGUUUGGCAAUGAAAGAUUCUUCUUUCCUUUAUAUCUAGAGCUUUCAAUCCCUUCUAACCGUUUUUCCAUCCCCUUUUGCAGCGUCGAGGGGUUGCUCGCACCGAUAUAUACUUAACUGUAAUACGCUCGCGGUCGUGCUUCCGACAAAUCGGCGUCGAUCAAUCUUUCAUAACUACAGCGGAACUUGCUUAUCGCUAAUGGAGGAUAAUGAAGAAAGCAUUUUCCAGGGAAAUAAACUUUGAUUGCGCCAUCAAUUUAUCUCCAAUGCUCUAGGUAACAAAGUAGCGACACAACAUGUAAUCAUUCCGCUCCCGCGAUCUUCGAUCUACUAAACGGCGAGCUUUCCGAGUUCUAAAAGGGUGCAAUCAAGUCCUUAUACGUCAUUACGCGAACGCAAGCUCUUCAGGUGAACGCAUAUCCUGUCGUUCAGCAAUUUUCAGAAAUAUUAUACGUUGUUGCUCUGCGAGAUUUCUUCCUGUUAUUUUUACAUAUCCAUGGGCAACCCGACAAGCGACCCGCGGGAGCGAGCAAUGAUUCGCUAUCGCGUGUACACUCGUCACAUUCGCAGAAUGCUCUACCUCGGCGGUGUCUUGCAAGAUAGAACACGUUCGGCAACUUGGUCAUAUAUCACAGGUUUCUUGGUGAUCCUUGUGUGCUUCAGUCAAUGUGUCUUCUUGAUAAACUUUUGUCGAGAUCAUAUCGACAAUCUGGUGCUCAUCUCAAGACUCUUUGGCAUGGCCUGCAGUUACAUCGCGCCCGUCUUAAUGUCAGCUUGCUUCCUGGCAAAACGCGAGAAAUUGAUGGAACUUCACGAGACGCUGAACGACCUUUUCGAGCGGGAAUUAACGCGAGACCGGGAAACUGAGGCGACCCUGCUGGCCACUCUGUAUGCGUUCGACAAACCGUCCUACAUACUGUGCUUCACCAUGGGAUCAACGGGAAUACUGAUCCUCUGCCCGCGGUUGAUCCCCAUAGUUCGCAACAUCGUCCAUCACGCCGAACCCGAGAGAUACAGACUGCCGGUCCCGAAUAAGUUCCCGUGGCCUAUGCCGAUCGGUGGUGGUUUCUCCUUUUACUUGCAUGUUCUGUACCAAAUGUCCACCUUUUGGUGGGUGAUCUUCACCGUCGGCAGCGUCGACAGCCUCUUCGGCUAUUACGCGUUUCAGAUCUCCUCGAUCCUGCGAGCUACGACCGCCAGGCUGACGAAUCUACGUACUCCGGAGGUAUUUACAGAGGUCUUGGGUACAUGCGUGCAGACGCAUCACCGGUUACUGCGAUGCGGCCGCUUGCUGAGUGAUAUCUGGGGACUGAUAAUUAUACGGAUGCUCUUCACAAACGCCUUACUCAUGUGCGCAUUGAUCUUCGAAGCAAGCCCGUUCACUCACUUGACGGUCGGCCAGAUCUUCUUGUUUAUCUCUUACAUGACAUUAAAACUGCUACAAACGUUCAUUUAUGCUUGGUACGGCAGUCUCAUUACAAGCGCGAGCGAGCACUUUCGCGAGGGAAUAUAUUUCAGCGAGUGGCCGAAAUCAAGACUUGAUCGUAAUGUUAGGACAAAUAUUAUAGUGACCAUGAUGCAAAAGCCGAUGAUUAUAAAGGCGUUAAACUUGUCUUCCGUGAACGUCAACAUGUUCACCAAAAUUGUGAACACCGCAAUGUCUUAUUUCUUUUUGUUGCAAUCCUUGGACGAGGGUAGAUAAAGAUGGAUGCCAUACAUCAACCAGUUCGUAAAUCUCGAGAAACAUCUAGAAUCGCUACAAAUGUGGAAAAAUAUAUUAAAUUUCAGACUGAUAUAAAUGGUAAUCAGUUAGCAAAUACAGUACAAAUCAUAGCAUUCAUAGAUCUUGGUGGGUAAGUAUCAUCAUUUUCAUAUUCAAGGUAUCGUGAAAUUUAUGAAACAAAAUACUGUAGAAAUAAAGUUUUCAAAAAAUUACGUAAAAUACUCUAUUCACUGAAAGAAACCAAACUGCUCGAACAAAAACUCGUCCGCUCCGCGCAUGCAAAACGGCUAGAAAACUCCCUUCUCUGCUCACACACACCCGUAUAGGCUCAUAAUGUCAGCGCUCUCCCCACUAUGUUGUCUAUGAGCAGACCGAUGCGAUUUCUCUCAAUGAAUAAAAUGUAGAUACUUAUUUAUAAAUUUUUAAACCGUAGUUUUUGAAAUAUAAGAGCUUAAAGUUUGUCAGAAAUUAUAUUUAAAGAAUUGCCCGUCACGCAGUUACUAAUACUAUCAGUUCAAUGACUCACGAAUAUGCUGUCUGCAUGUAGUUUGUGAUCAUCUUUAAAUCCUUAUAUUUAAAAAAACUACUUAUUUGAAAUAAAAAUUUACAAAUAAUUAUUUUACUUAAUUUUUCGAAAACUUUAAUAUUACAAUAUUUUUAAUUACGAAUUUCGAGACAUCCCGUAUUAAUAUAUUGUUAUAUAAUCAAGUAAAGUGACAAAUGUGAAAAUUACCUGUAUAAUUGAGCGUUCGAUUAGUUUCCCUGGAUUCAGCAAACCUGAAAAACAAAAAAAAUUCUGUGUGCAUUAUUGAAGAAUAUUAUUAAUAUAUUUUAUUGAGGUUUGUAAAGCUAGAAGCAAAUUUUUAAAUAUCAUGGCAUUCAAAGAUCUUUGUGAUAAUAACAUUUUCAAAAAAUAAUUCAAAAUGUAAUGCAAUAUAGAAAAAUAUAAAUACCUUCACAAAAUUUCAAGAUGCUGUUUCACUUAAGAUCUGCAAGCAAUCUAAAUAAUAAAAUAAUUAUAUUAACUAAAAG